GGGUUCUAUUCAUCGGACCACCAUGCGGUAAUUGGUUAUGACAGCGGACGGAGCACGGUGCGUUCCGGUUUUGCGCCGCGAAGAGUUGAGUAGGGUGACGGGCGGCAUGGAUUUCUUCGCCGACUUGGACUUGGAGGAAGAGCAGCAGGAGGUGGAGGAAGUGGUAACCGCGCUGGUUGAAAAGAAAGUGGUUUCCAAGCUAAGUCAAGUUUCAGCCAUCAAAGCGUUGCCUUUUGCAGAACGAGUUCGGCACAGCCGUCAGGCGGAGUUGCCUAGACAAGCAAGGUUGGUCUGUUUUAGUUUUAAGAAGCCAAAUCAAGGUGACAACAACAACACUGCUGCCGUAGUCGACGGAUCAACUACGGUUUUGGACUGGCGGACGCCUCUAUGCUGCUGCAGUUGUGUGGGGGUAUCCUGUGUACUUGAUCGCCGUACAAUGCUCGGGACUGGCAGAAGUUUCGACGCGGAAGAUGAUUGCAGUGUAUUCAACCAUGCAAUCAAAGCGUUGGCAGAAGGGAGGGAGCAAAGCGUCAGAGAGGAACAUGAAAAACGCCUAUUGGAAAUCCUCAUGCAGAGAACACGGAAGCAACGCGAACAACUGGUCCCGAAGUAUUCCGAGAUGUUCGGUGGAGAUCUUAUUGCUGAGUUGAAGGCUGUGGCGCCUGCUUCUCUUCACGAAGGCAUCGACAUUUUUCUUCUUCCGUCAGCGAGAAGGGAUGCGACGUUGCUACACAAUGCGAUCAGCGGGCUCGGGACGGAUGACAGAUGUUUGAUCGACAUCUUGUGCAUGCGAUCAUCAGCAGAGAUCACAGACAUUUGUACAGAAUACAAGCAAUGUUUCCAUCAGGAACUUGAAGAUGAUCUAAGAGGCGAUUGCUCGUCCAGUUUCUACGACCUUCUGGAGAAACUUCUCCAAGCCAGAAGGCCAGGAGAAGAGGACUGUGUCGUCGACAUUUACAAGGCAAAAGCAUCUUCUAUGGAACUUUAUGCAGGCGGUGUUUGGAGGACUGGAACGAACGAAAGGAAGUUUAUCGACGUGUUUACAAGUGAAGGCUGGCCUCAACUGAAAGAGAUAUUCCAAGUGUAUGAAGAGACAUAUGGACACUCGAUCGAAGAGGCGAUCGAGGGGGAGACCUCUGGAUCCUUCCGCCGGGGCCUGCUGGCAAUAACUCAAUGCGCACGUUCCAAGGACGAGUAUUUCGCUAACCGACUCCGCAAAUCUCUGCUGAAAUCCAUGUCUUGGUCGCUUCGGGAUCCUAAGUUCUUGCGAACUUUCUUCCGCUGUGUGGAUGACGGCAACUGGGGACCUGUCAAAACUGCAUACGAAGCCAAAUAUGGAGAGUUUAUUCUCAGUUUCGAUGCGCUAAAUGCUUCUCUCUCUAAGGUAGGCCCCCUUAGCAGUGUGUUGUUCAAAGCCUUCGGAGUGGAUCAGACUGCGGAGACACCACACACAACCUCCAAUCCACAACCCGACCCAUCCUCGUAGAAUAUUUUGUUUGUUUAGAACUUUAGGUUAUGGUUUUAACUUUUAACUUGUAACUUACGAGGCUGGAUUUUUUUUUUUUUUUUUUUUUUUUUUGGUGCGCCAAGGCACAAAUUUUGUGUCCGGACGUGUGCUCGGCUCUGCCCGACCGGGGAGGACUUCUGGGCAUCGGUCUGGGUGGGGCCAGCAGAAAAAUAAAUCAGGAAAUCUGGGAAAAAAACUUUUGUUGUGUAGCGUUGCAAUCCAAACGAGUUUUGAAACAAGCGGGCCCAGUGGCCAAGGCUGAUAUUACCAAUAAGAAGAUUGAGCCCGGGGUGGUCCCCACAGUCUACCCGGAGUGACCGAACCGAACAAGCUGAGAACCGGGAUCAGCGUCCCUCAUAUGAUGAUGGUGAUGAACUUCUGCUGAGUCUAUGAAAACAGUUAGAUAAUGAAACUAGUGAUGAUGA